AUGCCAAGGUUGAUGGGGGAGAAACGGACGAUACCAGACGUAUAUGGCGAUUCUCCUUUAAUGUGGGGCCUAAGGGGAAAUGGGUUGCUAGCUGUCGUCUCUCUUGGCGCAAUCUUCCGGCUUGUAGACGUUCUUUACUCUGGCCAGAAAACUCAUACAACGAAAGGGGAACCUGGCCGUGAAGCACCGCUCAAAAAGGUAUACGAGGACAAGGGAACAGAAUUCUCGCGCCGAAGGGGUAAAAAUGGAAAAGCCAAGCGGGAGUUGACGUUGAGCGAUCAGUGGGUAACAUACGACAAUCCCAAAUAUGUAGCCUGCGAUGACACCCUGGAUAAAAUGCUGGAGAUCACACUCGAAAAUCCUCCGCUCGUUAUGACAGGUUUGCCUUAG